UGUGUGUGUGUGUGUGUGUGUGUGUGUGUGUGUGUGUGUGUGUGUGUAUGUGUGUGUGUGUGUGUGCAUCUUAGUCUGUGUGUGAGUGUUGGUUUCUAUCAGCCGUGCUCAAGGAAGUGGUUUACCUAGUGUAUCUACAGCGGAAACUCACACGACACGAACUCCCAUCAAUCUUUUCCUUCUCUCCACUCCUCUAUAGGUGUUCAGUCUAACUCUACAGCCCACCUCGCUGUCUCUGUCUCUCUCUCUGUCUCUCAAUGUUAGCCAGGUAUCUGUGUUCACUAUGCUCCCCACAGUCAUCUUGAAGGGGACUCUCAUCAAGAAAUCUCAGCAGAAGCGAAGGACGUCGCCUUGUAAUUACAAGGAAAGGUUCUUUGUCUUGGACACCCAGAACCUGACCUAUUCUGAACAGCGCCCUGGGAAAAAGCCCAGCCAGAAAGGCUGCAUUGAGCUCUCCAGGAUCAAGUGUGUAGAGAUAGUGUGCAGUGAAGCCCCAAUCCCCUGCAGCAACAAGUACCCCUUCCAGGUUGUCCACGACAACUGCUACCUGUACAUCUUCGCCCCGGACAACGACUGUCGUCAGAGAUGGGUCCGGGCUCUGAAGGAGGAGACCAAGUGCAACGCAUUACUCCUGAAGUAUCACCCCAACUUCUGGACGGAGGGGAGGUGGAGGUGCUGUUACCAGACAGAGAAGAUGGCUACGGGGUGUCAGGAGUACGACCCUGUGGGAUACGGUACAGCUUCCAAGAAGCCUCUCCCUCCAACCCCGGACACACAGCGGCGGCUCUCCGACCCGGGCCAGAGUGUGGUGGUUGCGCUACAGAACUACAGUCCUCAUGGAGACACAGAGCUGCCCCUUCACAAAGACCAGGAGUACAUCCUGACUGACAGCUCCCACCAUGAUUGGUGGACUGUACAGGACCACAGAGGAAACACAGGUUUUGUACCUUGCACUUAUAUAGCGGAAAAAUCCUGCAACAACUUCAACAGAUUUGAAUGGUACAACAAAGACAUAACGAGAGGAAGAGCUGAGGAACUGCUGAUGACAGAGGGUAAGGAAGGAGCCUUUAUGGUGCGAGACUCCAGGCAUGCAGGCGUCUACACUGUGUCCGUCUUCACUAAAGCCCCAGGAUCCAACGGGCAGAAGAACCCGCGGGUGAAGCACUACCAGAUCAGACAGUCAGAGGCAGAGGAGACGUCCAAGUUUUACCUGGCAGAGAAAUACCUGUUCAUGACCAUUCCUGAGCUCAUCCAGUACCACCAACACAACGCUGCAGGUCUAAUCACUCGACUGAGGCAUCCCAUCUCUCAGGGUAGAGAGAGCUUUCAGAGCCCUGCAGAACUCUCAAAAGGUCAGUGGGAGGUAGACCCGGCAGAGCUGAUCCUGGGUGAGGAAGUGGGCAGCGGUCAGUUUGGCCUGGUACUCCAGGGGCGGUGGAGGGAGCGCAGGGUAGCUGUGAAGAUGGUCCGGGAGGGAGCCAUGUCUGAGGAAGAAUUUAAAGAGGAGGCCAGGGUCAUGACGAUGCUGUCCCACUGUAAGCUGGUACAGCUGUAUGGUGUGUGUACCCAGCAUUCUCCCAUGUGUCUGGUGUUUGAGUUGAUGGAGCAGGGCUGCCUGUCAGACUACCUCCGAGCCAGGAGGGGGCGUAUGUCCCAGGACACUCUACUGGGGAUGUGUCUGGACGUCAGUGAAGGGAUGGCAUACCUGGAGAGCAACAACUUCAUCCACAGAGACCUGGCAGCCAGAAACUGUCUGGUCUCCUGCAACAACGUGGUGAAGGUGUCUGAUUUUGGAAUGACCAGGUUUGUUCUAGAUGACCAGUACACCAGCUCUCAGGGCUCUAAGUUCCCCAUCAAGUGGUCUUCUCCUGAAGUCAUCAAGUACUGCAAGUUCAGCAGCAAGUCUGACGUCUGGUCCUUUGGUGUGUUUAUGUGGGAGGUGUAUACUGAGGGGCGUCUGCCCUAUGAGAACCGGUCUAAUGGUGAGGUGGUGGAGGCCCUGAAUGCAGGCCUGAGGCUGCUGAAACCCAGACAGGCCCCAGAGGCUGUGCACCUCCUCAUGGAGUGGUGCUGGAAGGAGAAACCAGAGGACCGUCCAUCGUUUGCUCUCCUGCUGCACGAGCUGGCCUCUCUCUCAGAUCUCUGAGCCUGAAUGGACAAGCUAUUCAACCAAACCUAGUCUGCUAAAUAGCUAUCCGGGGUAAAUCAGGGAAGAAUCAUUUGCUCAAUAAAACUGAAGAUACUAUGCAAAAAAGACUUAGCUAGCUGUAUUUAUGUUAUUUAUUAAUUUCCUUCUAGUUUCUAUUUCUUACUUUUUUUUUAUAGCAAUCAUCUUUUUUUAUAAAAUGAAGAAGUCUA